AAUCCAGCGAGAAUAAACGGAGACGUUACAUGCAGAUCUCAGAGCGCAUGUACCGCUACUUCCAGGCAAUGGCGAUACCUGCGGUGACAUGCUGGGUGUGUGUUCCUCUCGUCUCCAGCGUCAUGACGUCGGCCGACAAGAAAUCAACUGAACAACGCCGACAGUUCCCCUUGCCCGCCUGGGUUCCAACAAGUUUCGAUGCGUCACCUACGUACGAGAUACUUUACGCCAUUCAGUCGGCAUUCGCCAUGAUCACAGCAGAGUCUACAGUCUGCACGGACAUUUUCUUUUUCCACCUCAUGCUGAUGGUUGCGGCAGAGCUGGAAAUUUUAAAUGACUGCAUAGCUGCCAUGCAAGAAAGCCGAUCGAAAACUGAGGGCUCCAAAGACAAACAAGACAGCAUAAAACGCCAAACUUAUACUGAAAUAUCAGAUUUUUAUGGCAGUAGAUGCCCUCAAACGAAUCUGAAGAUACUACCAGAAGAUAAAUCGUUGUUGUAUCUUGAAUUAAGAAAGAAUGCUCGACACCAUCAAUCAGUUCUCCGGUGCGUUUCUCUCCUGCAAUCAGCAAUGAGUGUGUCCAUUUUCAUCCUCCUGUCCAUUAACAUGGCCAAUUUAUGUUUCAUUAUGUUUGUCACUGUGGAACUUUUGCAGAGCGAAGGAAAUAUGUCUAAACCACUGAAGACUAUAUUCGUGAUGCCUGCUCUUCUAUACCAGACUUGGAUGUAUUGCAUUUUUGGCCAGAUCAUAACUGAUCAGAAUGAGAAGUUGGUGGACUCGGCCUUUGGAUGCGGAUGGACCGACACUGACUCUCGUUUCAAACGGAGUUUGGCGAUCGUCAUGAUGGCGGCUACACGACCUCUCAAGAUCAGAAUAGGCAAGACGUGUGACCUAUCCAGGGCACUUCUGCUUCAGGUUCUGAACGGAACGUAUGGGCUGCUGAAUAUGCUGUGCAAUUUUAAUACACCAGUCUAAGCAUGAACAAAACUUAAAGAAACACAUUUUUCCUGAUUACCUACUCACAACU